AUGCCACACUAUAAGCUUAUUUAUUUUGCUGUUCGUGGGAAAGGUGAGUUCAUUCGUCAGCUCUUCACAUUGGCUGGAAUCGAAUUCGAGGAUUUUCGUCAACCGUUGGGUUCGGAUGAAUGGCCAGCGAUGAAGAGAGAGACACCCUACGGGUAUUUGCCCGUACUGGAAGUGGACGGGAAACAACUCGGUCAGGCAAAUGCGAUUGCCAAGUUUAUUGCGAAUGAGCAUGGUUUGAACGGUUCGAAUGCUUGGGAGGCGGCUCUAAUUGACUCAGUCGGCAUCCACUACGAUUCACUCUUUGAGGCUUGCCGCCCAUUUUAUAAGUCUUGGCUCAAAAUCAGUGAUCAAACAAUGGAAGAGGCCUUCAAGCUCUCCGUCGAGCCAGGCCGAGACGAGUUCUUUCCGGCGAUUUGUAAAUUCCUUCGCGGAAACGAAUCCGGCUACAUUAUUGGAGAAAAACCCUCGUGGAUCGAUUUGUUGGUGGCCGAUCACUGCACGACUUUUCUUCGCUACAAUCCAAAUUAUCUCGACAAAUACCCUGAGGCAAAAGCUCAUAUGGAGAGGAUUCACUCGAUUCCGGCUAUUAAGAAGUGGAUCGAGGCACAACCACAGACAGAAAUC